CAGGAAGCGCGCGUGGGGCGGGGCGGGGCCUCCGGGCCGCCCCCGCCGCCGCGCUCGGAGUCGGGCGGCCGCAGCGCGCGGCCCGGGAUGCUGAGCCAGCCGCUGCUUCGCCUAGUGUCCGCUGUCAGCCGCAGGAGGAUGAAGCUGCUGCUGGGCAUCGCGCUGCUCGCCUACGUGGCCUCUGUUUGGGGCAACUUGAUUAACAUGAGUGUUCUACUCAACAGGUCCAUCCAGGAAAACAGGGAGCUCAGAAUUGAGAGCAGGAUUGAAGAGAUCAUUGAACCACUAAGGGAGAAAAUCAGAGAUUUGGAAAAGAGCUUCACUCAGAAAUACCCACCAGUAAAAUUUUUAUCAGAAAAGGACCGUAAAAGAAUUUUGGUAACCGGGGGCGCAGGCUUUGUGGGCUCCCAUCUCACAGACAAACUCAUGAUGGACGGUCACGAAGUGACCGUGGUGGACAACUUCUUCACCGGCAGGAAGAGGAACGUGGAGCACUGGAUCGGCCACGAGAACUUUGAGCUGAUCAACCACGACGUGGUGGAGCCAUUGUACAUCGAAGUGGACCAGAUCUACCACCUGGCCUCUCCUGCGUCUCCUCCCAACUACAUGUACAACCCCAUCAAGACACUGAAGACCAACACCAUCGGGACCCUGAACAUGCUGGGGCUGGCAAAGCGAGUUGGGGCCCGUCUACUCCUGGCCUCCACCUCAGAGGUGUACGGAGACCCUGAAGUCCACCCACAAACUGAGGAUUACUGGGGCCACGUGAAUCCCAUAGGACCCCGAGCCUGCUAUGAUGAAGGGAAGCGCGUCGCCGAGACCAUGUGCUAUGCCUACAUGAAGCAGGAGGGCGUGGAAGUACGCGUGGCCAGGAUCUUCAACACCUUCGGGCCCCGAAUGCACAUGAAUGAUGGCCGGGUGGUCAGCAACUUCAUCCUGCAGGCGCUGCAGGGGGAGCCGCUCACAGUGUAUGGAUCUGGAUCGCAGACGAGGGCCUUCCAGUAUGUCAGUGACCUGGUGAAUGGCCUUGUGGCACUCAUGAACAGCAACGUCAGCAGCCCCGUCAACCUGGGGAACCCGGAAGAACACACCAUCCUAGAAUUUGCUCAGCUCAUCAAAAACCUCGUUGGCAGUGGGAGUGAAAUUCAGUUUCUUUCUGAAGCCCAGGAUGACCCCCAGAAAAGGAAACCAGACAUCAAGAAAGCAAAGCUGAUGCUGGGGUGGGAGCCAGUGGUCCCGCUGGAGGAAGGGUUAAACAAAGCCAUCCACUACUUCCGGAAAGAACUUGAGUACCAGGCAAAUAACCAGUACAUCCCCAAACCAAAGCCGGCAAGGAUAAAAAAAGGACGGACACGCCAUAACUGAAAACCUCGCCUUUCGGGACCGUAGAUGCCCUUUUUCAGACUUGACAGGAUGUAUUUUUUUUUUUUUUU